AUGGCAGCGAUUCGUAGAAGAGUCCACGGACGGACGGCGUUCAAGUCAAAGGCCCGGAAGCUGUUAGCCGUCUGCUUGGGAGGUGUUCUGGCAUUGUCAGGUGGACAAGGAGCCAAUGGGCAAGCUCAAGACAGCCCUCUGAUGCACAACUUGCGGUUAGAGAAUAAACCAGGUAGUGGUCCUGCUGGGCUUUCCACCUGCAACUUCUCUACCGAUGACGAAGCCCCAACGGAACCCAUCUUGACGUUGUCCAAAGACCAAACUACAGUUACGCUAGAGUGCACAGGCAAUGAAGCCAAAUUCGUGCCGACAGAACCAACAAACGUCUGUGUAGUAAAGAAGGACGAAGCUGCUUUGAAGGGCAGUCCCGUGUCGGAGGAAGACCCGAGCCUGAAGGAUUGCCAAGGAAACACCAGAAAGGCCACUGUCGAGCAGAUGGCCUUGAAAGACCUCCUCGGGGUGAAAGACACAAUUCAGUGGACCGACGUCUCCACCCCAGGCAUAAAAAAAGCCCUGCAUCUCGAAUCCCAGCAGCUCCCUCUGACGGACAAGGCCUUUUUCGUCGGAUGCCAUAAGACGCCUGAAGACACCCCACAGAAAUGCAAGGUCACUGUAAAUAUCCUGGCGAGAGAGUCGACUGCCGAAGAGAACGUGGCCAAAUGCGCCUACGGCGCGGCCAGCAACAAUGCCAGUCCACUGAAAGUGGAUCUCAGUGAGGCGAACAACACGAUGGAGCUCGUGUGCGGGAACGAGGGCUCAAUACAUCCUUUGUCUUACACAGCUAAAUUCUGCACGGACAAAGGGAUGGAUAAUUGCAGUGAGGAAUACAAGGACAUUCUGCCCGACUUCGAUGCGGCUUGGUGGACGCCAGGAGAAGGUGGCGGCGAGUCGGCAAAGCUGACCAUUCCCGCAGCUGGUUUCCCGGCCGAGGACCAAUCGUUUUACAUCGGAUGCUUGCACAAGACACAGCAGACUGAAAGUCCUCCAGUCUCGUCAAGCACUACCCCUGGAGAUGCCGCUGCCGUAUUCUCACCCUGCAGUGUGUUGGUGACUGUUAAGGCCGCUAGCUCCGAUGCCUCUGCAGUUCCUGAAGCCAGUGCUGCGACCGCAGCUGCUGCCGGUGUGGCGCUGACCGGAAUUUUAGCCGGCUCCCUCUGA